GAAUUACAGAUUGUUACGCUGUGGUACCGAGCUCCGGAGGUGCUGCUUGGCGCGAAUCGCUAUUCGAUGGGUGUGGAUAUCUGGAGCAUUGGAUGUAUUUUUGCGGAACUGGCAACCAAAAAGGCUCUGUUCCAGGGCGAUUCGGAAAUUGAUCAGAUUUUCCGCAUAUUCAGGCACGUUACCCCACUCUACUGUUUAUCACUCUGGUCAACAAGCUGUUCUGCUAGGCACAGUUAA